UUACUGUCACGAGGUUCAACAGAGAGUAAAGAUGAAUUAAGGAUUGUGCUGCUGGGAAAAACUGGAGUUGGGAAGAGUGCAACUGGAAACACAAUCUUAGGAAGAAACGCAUUUACAGCAGAAACAUCUCAUGAAUCAGUGACUAAAGAGAAUCAGAGAGAAACAUCUGACAUCAACGGCCGACGCGUUACUGUGAUCGACACUCCAGGACUGUUUGAUACUGAACUCACUAAUGAAGAGAUCCAGAGAGAAAUCAGCAACUGCAUUCCUAUGAUCCUGCCGGGACCGCACGUGUUCAUCAUUGUGCUCAAUUUAGGACGGUUCACUCGAGAAGAAGCAACAUCAGUGAAGAUCAUCCAGGAGACGUUUGGAGAGAAAUCUUUAAUGUUCACCAUGGUGCUCUUCACCAGAGGAGAUUUCCUGAAGGAUAAAACCAUUGACCAGUUUCUGGGAAGACCUGGAUCUUCUCUGAUGAACCUGAUUGAAGAGUGUGGAAACAGAUAUCAUGUGUUCAACAAUAAUCAGCCUGGAGACCGAACACAGGUGUCUGAUCUACUGGAGAAGAUAGACCACAUGGUGAAAGCAAACGGAGGGAGUUUCUACUCGUGUAAGAUGUUCAGACAGAUGGAGAGAGAGAGACCGGGACAACUAGAUGAUUUAGAGAAGAGACGGAAAGAAAUAAAAAUAAGAGAUCAACAGAUCUUUAAAGAAAAACUGGAAAGCAGUGGAAGACAUCUGUUUUACAGACUUCAUCUUCACAAUAAACUAAGAGUUGCAGAUGUUCUUCAGAUAACUGCUCAUUCAUUACAGUCACGUGAGUCUUGUGCUGAAGAGGAGCUGAUUCAGACUUUCAUACUAAAACUAUUGAUGAUGAACUACAGAGCCAGAUAUAUUAAAACAAAAGACGCACAAGAAAAAGACAAAGACUCAGAUUUUUUUGAUAAAAUGUUUAUGUCAAACAAAGAAGACAGACAAUCUGAACUCAUUCACCCGAUGGAUGUUCAGAUGGCCGUGUUUCAUUGUGCUGAUGGUUUCCUGAAGCAGUUGAUGGUCACUAAACUGUCCCAGUGUCAGUACGCUCUGCCUCUGCUUGUCCCUGAUCCAUUCACACAACAGAUUGAGUUUCCUCUCUGGACAUUCAGACAAAUCAACAAGAGCUGGAAGAUGAUAAACACUGACAAUGAGAUCAUCAGUCAAACCCAUCCGGUCUGCAAGGCACAAACUCCGAUGGUGUCUUUCUUCAGGUUUGACUCUGUGUCUUCAUCCAAGUCUGAGCUGAUGAACAGUCUGAUCAAUGAGAAACACAACACGUUCUUCCACAGGAACUGUCCAGGCAGCAGCAGAACCAGAGUCCUGAUGGAUGGAGUGGUGGAGAUCGCCUGGUUCUGUCCAUCUGGGAAAAACACGGAUAAAUUCACGGACUGUGUUGCGUUCUGUAAUCUACAUGGGGAUGCAGGAGAUCAUGAGAAACAGCUGCAGAUCCUCACUGAAAUGGCCUCAGUCAAUGUUGUUCUUCUACCACGACUGGACAAGAAUCACAGACAUGCAGCAAUGAUCCAGAACUUGUACAAAGACUCAAAGCCUCUCAUUUGUCUUUUUACUGAGGAUGAAUUCGCUGUAACUAGGCCGAAGAAAGGGAAAUAUAAGAUUGGUCUGAAAGACAGAAAUCGGUCAGAUGUAUCUGAAGAACUCAGAAGAGCGAUAAAUGAGUGUCUCUCAGAAUCAUCUUCCACGUUCAGACUUGAAGAUGUGUCCAAACACUCAGACAUCAGAGUAGAUGAGGAAGAUGAUGAAGACUGCAGGAGAGGAAGAGAAGCAGCACAGCGGAUGAUGAGUUUACUGGAGAAGAAAGAUCUGACAGAAAUCAAAGAAUCAUUUCUACCUCAUCAGGGUAAACUGUGGCGUCAGUGGAGUCAGAAGAACAAAGAACUACAUCGACCUCAAGGAGAUGAAGUAGAAAUGGAAAUGAGUAGAAAACAAACAGAGAUGAAGAAAAUCCGUCAAAUGCAGCAUGAAUCUGACGUCAGUGUGUUUAUGAAGCUCUUCAUAAGACAAAUUAACUCACAUGAGAAACAGAAGAUGUUUUUCAUCAAAUGGCUCAGAAUCCUUCUGGGUGAAUAUACGUCAGCUGGACUUUCUAAUGUACAACAGAAAUAUGAUAAACAGUGGUUAACCGUCUUAAAACUGAAAAAAUCUGAACAACUCAAAGCUGAAGAAAAUGAAUUUGAGAGAAUAUCUGAGGAUCUUCAAUAUUCAGCCUUUGGUUUGGAGCACAUCAUGAGGGAGAUCGGUCAGAUCUAUGAAUCAUGUUCAUCUGUGAAGAAGAACAAGAAAGACCUUCAGGUUCACUUCUCUUCUUUCCCGAGUCUGGCAGCAGAGAUGAUGAUCUCUGGGUUUCCACUGGAGUUGAUGGAUGGAGAUGCUGCUCAUGUUCCUGUGAUCUGGAUCUCUGCUGUUCUAGAUCAACUCAUCCAGAAACUGGGAGACCAGAGAGUCUUUGUGCUGUCGGUUUUAGGCAUUCAGAGCUCUGGGAAAUCCACCAUGCUGAACGCCAUGUUUGGACUCCAGUUUGCCGUCAGUACUGGAAGAUGCACCAGAGGAGCUUUCAUGCAGCUGAUCAGAGUCUCAGACGAGAUGAAGACACAGAUGAACUUUGACUAUAUUCUGGUUGUUGAUACUGAGGGUCUUCAUGCUCUAGAACUGGGUGGAAAAUCAACAAGACAUCAUGACAAUGAAUUGGCCACAUUUGUUGUUGGUCUUGGAAACAUGACCUUGAUCAACAUCUUUGGGGAAAACCCAUCUGAGAUGCAGGACAUUCUUCAGAUUGUUGUUCAGGCCUUCAUGAGGAUGAAGAAGGUCAGACUGAAUCCCAGCUGUGUGUUUGUGCAUCAAAACGUUUCAUACAUCACAGCUGGAGAGAAAAACAUGGAGGGAAGGAGACGACUGCUGGACAUAAUGGAUGAGACGACAAAACUCGCUGCUAAAGAAGAAGUCUGUGAUGCAGAAUGUUUCAGUGAUGUUAUUAAAUUUGAUGUUCAGAAUGAUGUGAAGUAUUUCGCUCAGCUCUGGGAGGGAAGCCCACCCAUGGCACCACCAAACCCAAACUACUGUGAGAAUAUUCAAGAACUGAAGGAAACUAUUAUGUGUCAUGCCUCAAAAUCACAUGGAAUGAUGUUGAUAGAUCUAAAAGAUCGUGUUAAAGAUCUCUGGGAGGCUUUACUGAAUGAACGAUUUGUCUUUAGCUUCAGAAAUUCUCUGGAGAUUUCAGUUUACAGGAAACUGGAGACCGAAUACAGCAAGUGGACCUGGAGUCUUCACAGUGCCAUGAUGGAAACUGAGAACAAACUACACAACCAAAUAGAAAAGGAGGCAAUUCAUGAGGUUGAGGAAACUGAACUUCAAAGAGAACUGAAGAAGACAAGUGAAGAAGUGGAGAAAUCAAUGUCUGAAUUCUUUGAGAAAGACAGAUAUAAAGAUAUACUGAUUCAGUGGAAAACAUCAUUUGAAAUCAAAAUAAAAGAGCUUCAGGAAAACAUUGUGAGAGAAACACAGAGGAGAUUAAACACUAUUCUUCAGCAGCGAGACCUGAAGAAAAAGAUUGAUGCUCAGAGGACACAUCAUGAAAACACCCUCUAUGAAAAGAGCAAAGAACUCGCUAUAAAACUAAAAGAUAAAGCAAAUAAUAAAGAAAUGCUAAAGAAAGAGUUUAAUUUGUUUUGGGAUCAGAGUGUGAAAAAGUUCAUGAAAGACUCUCCUGAAAUCAAAGACAUUGAUAUAAUGAGAGAUGUGAGAGAGAUCCUCAGUGACAUCUAUGAAAGUGCUCCUGUUGAUCACUGGAAGGAGAGUACAGAUAUUUUCUCUUUGCAGAGUUAUUCAGAUUGUGUUGUUCUCAAAAAGUCUAGAAAAGGUUUGAUUCAACAGGCUGGAAAGGAUGUUUACAGAACAGUAAUGAAAAAAUCGUUCGGAUAUAAUCAAAAUCUGUCUUUAGAGGAUGAAUCCCAAAUAAGAUCAUUCAUCACAGAUGUUGUUGAGCAAACAGACAAAAUGAUUCAGUCAUUUAACAUUUCAAAGAUGGGCUACAACAUCAGUUACAUUCAACAGCUCAUAUAUUACAUCAAGGAGAGGAUAACAGAACAAGAAAAAACAUUGACAAUGACAAAGUUCAAGAAUGAGUUCUUCAUGGAUUUGGUUCUUUCCAUCUGUAAGAGAGCAAACAAGACGAUCACUGAUCAACACAGACUGUUCAGAGAAGACAAUGAUCCUGUAAUAUAUGUUGAGAAGAAGAGAGAAGAGUACUAUGGUGUUUUCCAGAAAUACUGUCAUGGAGCCUCAACUUCUGCCAUUUUUGGAGAGAUCAUCUGUCAGAAACUGAAAGAGCCCAUUGAGCAGAGCGUCUACAAGAAGACUGCCAGAGAUCUGACAGAUGAAAUGAGAUCAAAGUGUGAAUCACUGAAUGGAAACAGAUCAAAUCUGGAGAAACACAUCCUGAAGACACUGGCUGAAGAGGAGGAUUUCAACAAAUAUAUGACCUACAUUCAUAAACCCAGAGAUCACUUCAAGAGUUUCAUCAGAGAUGAAGCCAGUCGGUACAUUUCUAACAUGUUUGAUGACAGCAUUAUACACAAGAUGAAGAAGAACAUUGAACUCCUGCAGCAGAAGAUCAUGAAAGCAGCUCAUGAAUCUACCGAACAUGUUCAAGUCUACAGAGGAGAUGUUGGUUUGUGGUUGAAGAGUUUCUCACAGAAGCUCUCAGAUGUGCUGAUCUUCUCUAUAAAAGACCUCAGUGAAGUGAAACACAAUGAUGUUGAUGAUUUCAACUUCCUAGAAGAUGUGAUGAGACAUGAUCUAACUGCGAUAAUGACUGACAUCAGCAGUAGAUUCAACAUAAUGACAUUUCCAGUAAAGCUGGACUAUAAGGACAGACCAGAUGAGCUUCUGAUUGGUCACUUCUGUUGGGUUCAGUGUCCGUUCUGUAAAGCCGUCUGCACCAACACCAUAGAAAACCAUCAUGGAGAUCACAGUGUCCCUUUCCACAGAGUGUGGGGAAUCAAUGGGACAUAUUACAGCUUAACACCGAAUCUCUGUCCUGAUAUUUGCACAAAUUUAGUAGCAAGUCAUCAGGAUUUUAAUACACCACAUGGCAGGUUUAAAUACAGAGAUUACAGAAGAGCAGGAGGAGUGUAUGCAGACUGGAGCAUCACCUCUGACCUCUCAGAGCUGCCCUACUGGAAGUGGUUUGUGUGUCGAUUCCAGAAAGAUCUGGAAAAACACUACAGUAAAACAUUUGAGAUACCAGAUGAAUGGAGAAGAUACUCUAAACAUGACGCUAUUGAGAGUUUAGAUAAAUACAUGUAAUGGAUUUCCAGAGAUCCAGGAGAUCCAGAUCACAGAUAUCAAUGAGUUUCUGUGACAUGAGAAUCUGAGCUCAUCUACACCUCACAAGAUCAUUGCUUCAUCAAAUACACCAGAGAUUCAAUUCCUCGUUCGUGAUCUGAACUUAUUUCUGAACAUAUGCCUAAAAGAUAAAGCUCAAACAUCUCGAUCAUGAACUGAAACAGAUCUGUGGUGAUUGGUGAUAGAUGUUUGAAGUAUACAUGUGUUUGUUAAAGCUCAGUGCUGAUGAGGAAAGUGUGAGAAAUAAACAGCAAAUUAAACCUCA